GCCACGGCCCAGGUAGAGCUGCCCUGCUGCCAGCGCCGAGCGCGGAGGGACCGGAUGAGGUGCGGCCGCCUCUGGACCUUCGACGCCGCCCGGGGUCCCCGGCGGCUGAUGCGUGUGGGCCUGGCGCUGAUCCUGGUAGGCCAUGUCAACCUGCUGGUGGGGGCCGUGCUGCACGGCACCGUCCUGCGGCACGUGGCUAAUCCCCGCGGCGCCGUCACGCCGGAGUACACCACGGCCAAUGUCAUCUCGGUCGGCUCUGGGCUACUGAGUGUGUCCGUGGGACUCGUGGCCCUCUUGGCUUCUAGGAACCUUCUUCGCCCACCUCUGCACUGGGCCCUGCUAGCACUAGCUCUGGCCAACCUGUUCCUGUCCACUGCCUGCUCCUUGGGCCUCCUUCUUGCUGUGUCACUCACUGUGGCCAAUGGUGGGCGCCGUCUUAUCGCCGACUGCCAUCCAGGACUGCUGGAUCCUUUCAUACCGCUAGACCAGGGACCUGGACACACGGACUGCUCCUUUGAUCCCACAAGAAUCUAUGAUACAGCCUUGGCUCUCUGGAUCCCCUCUCUGCUCAUGUCUGCUGCAGAGGCUGCUCUCUCUGCUUACUGCUGUGUGGCUGCACUCACUCUACGUGGAGUUGGGCCCUGUAGGAAGGAAGGGCUGCAGGGGCAGCUAGAAGAACUGAUAGAGCUUGAACCUCCUAAAUGUAAAAGGCAGGAAAAUGAGCAGCUACUGAAUCAAAAUCAAGAAAUCCAGGGUUCACAGAAAAGUUGGGUUUAGACCAGCAGGUGCGGUUUCCAGGUGUAGUCUACAGGGUUUUUCACUAAGCAAGGAGCCUGACCCAGGAUGAUAUAAAGAAAUGUAAUAAAGGAACUUUUCU